CUUUGGAAUUUCGCCGGUCUCACGCGUAUCUUCCGCCAUGCCUGCCUUCUUCGCCCAAGUCCGCGCCCGCGCCGACAAGAUCAACUCGCUCCUCUGCGUCGGCCUCGACCCGCAUGUGUCGGAGCUGCCCGAGCCGACGGCCGCGGCCGCCGAGCGCUUCUGCCUCAACCUCAUUGCGCAGACGACCGACGUUGCCGUGCUCUACAAGCCCAAUGCCGCCUUCUUCGAGGUCUUUGGUGCGGCGGGCCUCGUCGCCUUGGACAACGUCAUUGCGGCGAUCCCCAAGGACAUCCCGGUGCUCCUCGACGCCAAGCGCGGCGACAUUAGCACGACGGCGGCGGCCUAUGCCACGGCCGCGUUCGAGUCGGCCAAGGCGCAUGCGAUCACGCUCGCGCCGUACAUGGGCCGCGACUCGGUGGACCCGUUCGUGGACAUGCAAAAGUUCCCGGAGAAGGGCUGCUUCGUUCUCUGCAAGACGUCCAACCCAUCCGCGGACGACUUCCAGACGCUUGUGCUCCAGGACGGCUCGAUGGUCUACGAGAACGUGGCCAAGAAGGCGCAGGAGUGGAACACGAAGGACAACAUCGGCCUUGUCGUUGGCGCCACGGACGUCGACGCGCUCAAGAACGUGCGCAAGGUUUGCCCGACCAUGUGGCUCCUCGCGCCCGGUCUCGGCGCGCAGGGCGGCAACUUGGAGGCGGCUGUUGAAGCCGGCUGCUCGGCCGAUGGCUUUGGCCUCUUGCUGCCUGUCUCGCGUGGCAUCUCCAAGGCCGCCAACCCGCGCCAGGCCGCAGUCGAGUUCCGCGAUGCCAUCAACGCGGUGCGCGCGCGCCUCGCCGCCAAGACGCAGGCCGCUUUUCUCAACUUUUGCAUGUCGUGCGACGUGCUCAAGCUCGGCUCGUUCACGCUCAAGUCGGGCCGCCAGUCGCCCUACUUUUUCAACGCGGGUCUCUUCAAGACUGGCCGCAUGCUCCGCCAGCUCGGCCGCUUCUACGCCCAGACCAUCCACGAAAGCGGCAUUGAGUUUGACGUGCUCUUUGGCCCGGCGUACAAGGGUAUUACGCUCGCGGCUGCGAUCGCGAUUGGCUUUGACGACCUGUACGGCCGCGAAGUGCCGUUCACGUUCAACCGCAAGGAAGCCAAGGACCACGGCGAAGGCGGUGUCCUUGUCGGCGCCGAUGUCGUCGGCAAGCGCGUCUUGCUCGUCGACGACGUGAUCACGGCCGGCACGGCCAUCACGGAAGCCAUGCACAUUCUGCAGCACGCCAAGGCCAACGUCGUCGGCGUCUGCAUCUCGCUCGACCGCCAGGAGAAGGCGUCGAUCACGGACACGCGGUCGGCGAUCCAGCUCGUGGAAGCCCAGUUCCAGAUUCCUGUGAUUGCCAUCGCCAACCUCAACGCGCUCGUCGCGCUGCUUGAGAGCGAGAGCCCCAUGGCGCUCUCGGCGGCCGACCGUGCGACGUACGUCUCGACGAUCAAGAAGUACCGCGCCGACUACGGCGUCCAAGGCUAGUCUAGAUAAUGAUACUAGGACUCUUGGCUUCUUUUCGUCCCAUACCGACUGUCCGACGUUGUCGUCUCGGCGUCGUCGUAUUUAUUUUAUUAUU